AUGGCAGAGGAAACGAAGGCCACCGAGGCUGUUCCCCAGUUCGGCUUCAAAAAGCGCUCCAGCAAGGCCAAAGCCAACUUUCGCAAGAAGCCCGCCACGCCACCUCCGGCCUCCGACUCCGAUUUUACCUCCUCCGAUGACGAAGAAGGCCGGCGCAUUAAGAGGAGGCGCAAGAAUGUCGCAGUGACUGCUUCAUCCGCUACCAAUGCCGCUCGAAAAGAGACCUCCGCCGAGCAACCCUCCGCCGGUCCCGCUCCAUUGACAUCGAGCAACGACGCAACCAAGAGCGCCAACUGGCACGAUGAAGACUUGAGCGCCAAGAACCUACUCGGCUCGACACGAGCGCGCCCUCGGGAGUCUCAGGAGGCAGCUGGGCUAGAUGGCACGUAUAAGGGCGCCGCCAAUUACACAUCCUUUAUCCAGAAGAACCCAGAUGCGCCGACAAAACAGUUCGGUCCGAUCAAAGCGCCUACCAACGUGCGCACGGUGACGGUGAUGGAUUUUGCGCCCGAUGUGUGUAAGGACUACAAGCAGACAGGAUUCUGUGGUUUCGGUGAUUCCUGCAAAUUUCUUCACGCACGAGAAGACUAUAAGCAAGGAUGGGAACUCGAUCGCGACUGGGAGGUCGGCACCAAUGGCAAGAAAUUGGUUGGGCGCGUCGUAUCACAGCGCAAAGGUGCAGGCAUGGCCGAGGAGGAGGACGACGAUGAGGACGAAUUACUGGAAAGCAUUCCGUUUGCCUGCAUCAUCUGUAAGAAACCCUACACAGAUCCUAUCUUGACCAAGUGUGGUCACUAUUUCUGUGAGUCCUGCGCCUUGAAUCGCUAUCGGAAGAAUCCAUCCUGUGCUGCUUGUGGCGCGGGAACUGGAGGUGUGUUUAAUGUUGCGAAGAAGCUCACUGCCUUGCUGGACAAGAAGCGGGAACGAGCUCGCAAACAACGUGAGGAGGCGCUUGCCAAUGGGGAAGAAGUUAGCGAUGAAGAGGAGGAAGAUAGCGAUUGA